GAUGACUGAUAAAACGAUUAACGAUGUACCUCUGGAGUCAUUAACAAUAACCAAAUUUAGCAUUAAUUAUGUUGUAUUUAAUUAAAUCUGUGAUAUAUACUGUAAUUCUACUGUAUACAGGUGUUUUGUGUUACCCCUCAUGUCCCUUAGGCAGUGGCUGGGUUACAUACAAUGGUUCCUGUUAUCUAUUUAGCAAUCAAAAACUGAAAUAUAGCGAGGCCUUCACUGAAUGUGGACAGCUGGACUCAGAUCUGCUUUAUUUUUAUAACGAAGAUGAAAGGCUUGACUUUAUAAAGGUUCUUAACAACCAGACAAUGAUCAAGGAGAGAUGGUGGACUUCGCUGACGGACACUAACCAUGGCGGGGCGUGGACGUGGGGAAAUAACGCGGCGUCUACACUGGCUACAGGCAACGCCGUUGUAUGGAACACAGAACCAGAUGAUACCCGUCACUUGGAAAAUUGUGGUGCUCUCAACUUUCAAGGUACCGUUAGUGACGAAGCUUGCUCAGAGAAACACAGCUACGUCUGCGAGUAUACGACAAGUACCGGAUGUAUAACCGGUUGGACCCAAUCGAACACGUCCUGUUACCUUUUCGGCAAUCAGUUCGACGUCUACUCAUGGACGUCGGCUAGUGACACAUGUGUAAACAACCAAAUCUCUACUAAUUACCCAACAUAUCUAGCCAGGAUCGAAACCAGACAAGAAUUGAUGACCCUUGGACGUUUGCUGUCAACCAUGUCCGAGACAAGUCAGUUGUGGUGGAUAGGGAUGAGUGACCAGGCAGUAGAAGGACAGUGGGUAUGGGGGAAUGGUCAGAAAGUCAACCAGAAUUUACUAAUUUGGGCUAACGAGCCAAAUAAUCUAGGAGGGAACCAACAUUGUGGCCUGAUCUAUAACAACGGGAGGUUUGGGGAUGAGUCGUGUGACACCCUGGCUUAUUAUGUGUGUAAAACUCCAAUCACAGAUGGUCUCCCUGUAUUGAAUGAACUGGGCUGUCCUAACAACUGGUUACGUGCUGGGUACAAAUGCUACAAAUUUAACACAGCAGCCCGACACACAUGGAAAGAGUCAAAUGAUGCAUGUCAGAAAACCAACACUCGACUUCUGCAAAUCACUACCAAAGACGAAAGAGACUGGAUUCAGUACAUCACAACGCAGUACCGGGCUUUCGCCUUUUGGUCUGGACUUCACUUCCAUCCCAGUGACAAAACCUGGUACUGGACAAAUGAACAUAAAGCUAACAUGGAUUUGGUACGAUGGAAUGCUGAACCUAACGACUUUGCAGGACAAGAGGACUGUGCUCUCAUUCUCCAGGACGGAACAUUUAACGACUUCUCUUGCUAUAAACCACUGCCAUAUAUCUGUGAACUGCAAUCUGAAGAUGCACCAUGUCCCGCUGGAUGGGUUCCCUCCCCUGAGGAGGACGAAUUUAGCUGUUAUUACAUCAGCAACACUACUCAGAAUGUUGGAGCCACGUGGUUUGAAUCACGUGAUAUCUGUCGACAACUUAUUACAAAUAUGGAUGGAUACCUUUUAGCAAUUAAUACAAAACAAGAGCUGGAGUUCAUUCAGAAUGAACUUAAGACUUAUACCACGGCCUUUGGUUGGUGGACAGGACUAAACGACAUGAAAGUGGAGGGAAACUGGGUGUAUGACACAGACUUUAAUAACCCUGUACAGCCAGGGCUUAUACCUUGGAACACUGAACCCAAUAACUCCGGGGGGUCUGAUUACUGCGCAGUGAUCUACUAUGGCGGACGAUAUAACGACGUAGGAUGUGACAGAAAGGCCGCCUUUAUUUGUGAGACAGACGCCUUUGGUAGCAGUUUAGGAACAAAGAUUGAAAUGAAUACAUUCUUAUUAUUGGUAAUAGCAGCAGUGCUACCGUAGGCUAUAAAUUGACUGAAAGUAACACUGAAUCCCUUGACACCAAUGCAUCGAUCAAUAUUAAACUACAUUGCUAUGAUACAUGCACCAGUUCUCACAAGUACUUUCCUGUGUUUUUUUUUCAAUAUUUGUUCCUUGACCCAGUGCUAUUUUGAACUCUGGUCGUUUUAAAAUUUUAUACAUCUAUCAUGUGCGAGGAACAUGAAGUUUACUUAUGUGUAUGACGUUGUUAAUUAUUUAUAUAUAAU